GAAAAUACGGACUUGGAUAAGACUAGUUUCCUCGUCUUCGUAGAAGAAACUCCGGCAAGAUGUCGACUGCAGCGAUCAUCCCCGCGCAGGUUAGCACCUCCCGCGGCUUAGGUUCCCAGUUUACUUCUUCACCGCUUUCCAGCUUGUUUCCGGCCAGAAGGCAGCGGCGCACUUUAAGGUUGAGGUGCGCAUUGCUCUCCGAGAAAAGGCGGGAGAGCAGGCGGUUGGUCUCCGUGUCUCUCGCCGCCUUCCUUCACUGGUUCUCUCUCCCGAAAGAGGCAGUGGGCGGCGGCUUAUUUGAUAAUUAUGUGAAAAGGAAAAAGCUUGAUCCACUAGAAGCUUAUGUACCUGCUGUGAUAUUGGCUCGGUUGCAGAUUAAACAACUAGGGAAAUCCCUGGAAGUCGAUCAACCAAAAUAUGCUGAUUGCAGGAAUGUAUUACGUUCCGGCCCUGCUGCAUCUCUUCGUGUUAAUAUUCGAGCAGUGGCUCAAUAUGCAUCUGAUGAUGGCAAUGGUAAAUUGGCCUUCAGUGAAGUUGAUCAAUGUCUGAGAUCCUUGGAAGAACUAGAUUCGUUGUUUUUGCGUGCAUCAAGGAAUGAACGAGAUGCCUCUACUGAAUCUAUGAAGGGCAAGAUCACUGCAGCAAUCAAUGCACUAGACGAACUCCUAAAAACCGUUCCAGCCAAUGUACUCGACCAAGGGCGGGCUAUAGCUGAUGCAUAUGUCGAGUCUCGGGAAGAAGAUGAAGCACCUGGAAACCAGGACCCAAAUUUAAAGCAGUUGGAAUCCAUAUUGUGAAUACUCAAAAGAAUAUGUUGGCUCAGAAUUUUGUUUUGUACAAAAACUUUUUCUGAUAAACACAAUGAGUUGCAAGAAUUAGUGUUCUCUUUCUCAAUGUAGACUUAAAUUUGAAGCACCCACCUUGUAAUAUAUAAACAAGGAAAAUGGUUAAAUAAUGUUUGGUGAUUUAUCCCCAAUGGUUAUGUUGUCAUUACCGUCAACCAAUACAAAUGUUGUAAUGUGCAGAAUGUUCAUUAUUUGUAUACUGUAAGUUCAUUUUUGCAUAUAAAAUUCAUUAUUUGAUUGUAUAAA